AUGCCUCCCAAGAAAGCCGCUGCUUCGGGCAAGGAAGUCAAGGACAAGAAGCCUGCUGCCGCCCCUGCCCAUGCCUCUUACAAAGGUCGAUAUGAUCAAGGAGGCUAUCCUGAACGUAAGCCAAUUUCGUUUGCGACACCUGUGGUUCCCGUGGUCUGCUCAUGUCGCCCUCACGGGCCGGGGCAUGUCAACACCCUGGUGGCCUUUGUCCACCACGCCAUGUACCAUAACAAGUACAAGUUCAUAUACUUACUGACCCUCUCUGAUAUACAGUUGAAGGAGCGAAACGGUAGCAGUCGACAGGCCAUCAAGAAGUACGUCAAGGCCAACAACAACAUCACCGUCACCUCCGAGACACAGUUCGAUUCUCUGUUCAACAAGGCCUUGAAGUCCGGUGUCGAGAAGGGCGAUUUCCAACAGCCAAAGGGUCCUUCUGGUCCCGUCAAGCUGGCGAAGAAGGAAGCCAAGCCGGCUGAGAAGAAGCCUGCGGCCCCGAAGAAGGAGAAGGCUGCUAAGGAUGCCAAGCCCAAAGCCACCAAGACGAAGGCUGCUCCCAAGGUCAAGGCUGCCAGUGCUGCCUCCAAGACCAAGAAGGCUGCUGCUCCCAAAAAGGCGGCCGCCGCCAAGCCCAAAGCCAACACUGCAACAAAGCGAGCGCCCAAGACAAAGACUAAGACUGAUGCGUCCGCGCCCGCUGUUCAGGAUGUCCCUCCCGUGCUGAAAAAGACCAAGUCCGGCAGGGUCACCAAACAGAAGGGCCCCGCACCCAGCAAGACGCCGGCCAAGAAGGCGACCGGCACAAAGAAGACGGCCACGAAAAAGGCGACACCCAAGAAGGCCGAGGCCGCUGCAUGA